AGUUCACAAGUUUUGUCCGUUUUGCAUCGCUGGUGCCUGAGAACAGACCUGCAAAAUCAAUCUCGAAUCUUCGACAAGUGGCAGGGAAGAGGUGCGCACCAGGGCUUCCAAAGACGUGCGCUCAAGAGCUCCUCGCGAGAGCUCCGUCUGCCGUUCACCAUGGCAUCCACUGUCCUUGCGCAGAGAGGGGCUGCCUCGGUGUUUGGAGCAUCGACGCACAUCGCUCCGCAGACACGCCCGUGCAGGGCGCUCGCUUUACCAGUCUUCCCCUGCAGAAAAGCAACACCACUUCGCCUCCCCUUCAGGACUCCUUCUUCCCAAUUCGCAGCUCACGUAGAACAGGCGCGCCGCGCACAGAAAACGCUCCCUUUGGCGUCACAUCGGAGUGCUGGGGUUCGCGCAGAGUCUGUGGAAGCUUCAGAAACUUCAUCGCAAACCCCUAUAGAAGCUGAGCCAGUUGUCGAACCCUCUGCUCCACUUUCAAAGCUGGCGGCGACUGUCGCGGGCGCUGCGGUUGCGCUCGGACAGACAAUGAAGCAGCAAUGGUGGGGGGAGAAUGGCGCGGCCGCCAAGAGGAUGGCGGUCGCUUUCGCGUUCGCGGCUCUCCCAAUUGUGCUUAGCGGUGUCGUGGGGGUGCCGUCGGCGCUUGCGGCUUCCGGUGGUAGGUACCAGAGGAACCAGACGUCCCGGGGUAUCAUGUACUUUGCCAUGACGCUCCUGGUGUCAGUGAAGCAGGUGCUCUUCAUCUUCCGUGGGCUGCUUCUCCUCCGGAUCGUGCUAACCUGGUUCCCUAACCUGCCCUGGGACAAGCACCCGCUCAAGGCGUCCCGGGAACUGACGGACCCUUACCUCAAUCUCUUCAAGUCCAUCAUCCCAGUCGUCGGAAACUUGGACCUGUCUCCGCUGGCCGCCUUUGCGUUCAUGGGCUUCUUCGAGUCACUCAUCGGCAUCAAUGAGAAGUCGCUCAAGGAGAGCAGUCUGUGGGGCGCAACGUCUUAGGAGUGCUGUAGCUAAGGGUAAUUGAGAUUCUAAAUAAUGCUGCAGGGGCAGUCAGUAUUGAAAGGUCAGGUUCGUGAAGCAAUUUUCAGAAGAGUCAUGGCUCAGGACUUGCACUGAGGAAAUUGGAGAGUCAUAGGUGGGCUUACUGCUCGGUAUAAGAUACUUUUGAAAACAUUUUAAGGGUUUUGUGGUAUGUCAAUUGUGCGCAAAGCGGAUAUGGUGCAAUUGCACAUCAUAAGAGUGCUCCAUGCAGCCCUUAUCCAGAUUCGGACAUCGAUUCUAUGCGGCGCAU